AAGAAAAAAAAUUUCAAAAGAAAAUUUGGGAAAAAGUAAUUUUUAAUUUUUAAUUAUUUAUUUCAAUUUUUAUUAUAUAAUUAUUUAUAUAUUUAAUAAAUAAUUAUUGAAAUUAUAAAUGAGAGUAUAAUUAUCAUUACUUCUUAAAUAAAAUCUAUUUAGAGAACAAAAAGUAAAAAAUACAAUUUUGGAGAUUCGCACUUGUUGAAAUGUGUAUAAAAUCUAUACAAAAUCUUUUAUUUUUUGUAAAGAAAAAUAUAGAAAUGUGUUAUUUUCACAUCUAAAUAUAGAGGUAAAAAGUAACAGUUCUCUAUAUUUUUCUCUAAAAUAAAAGAAUUCUAUUAUACAGUAUACACUGGAGCAAAUUCACCUCUAUAAAAAAAAUCACUAUUUUUGAAGGAAAUAUAGAGACAUACAUUGGAGAUGCUCAUAGCAGAAACUAUAAAACGGAGAGGCUGGCGACUCUCACAAAGAUGAAUAAUCACAAUUACACUACAAACAUAAGAGUUAGAAGAGAAUUCCAAUAGCAAAAAAAAAUAACAUUCCUUCAAAAAAAUGGGGAUAGCCGCAUUCGAAUGGGGAGAAAGGCAACUAAAGCUGCUGUAUAACAGAGACAACUUUGAUACCUGGCAAGUUUAAUAUUAUUCAUACCUUUUAGAGUUUAAUUUACUUAUUGCAUUAAUUGUUUAGUUGAUGAGUGUUACGUUUUACAUUCGUGUGGUUAAAAAAGGAUGAUAAACGGGGCGGCUUGGAAUGUCGAGGUGUUGAGUGGUUGGGCUCAACCGAACGGUGGGACAUGGUGUGGUAUCUCUAGAAAUGGCCGAGUUGCUUUUCUUGUGGACGCAAUGAUCUUUGACGGUUUAAACAAUUGCGUCUCUCUUCCUGCUGAGUUCUUGCAGGGCCACAUGAGUCCACAAGACUUUGCAAAUGAAAUAGCUACAGACCCUUUGAGAUACACCGGGAUGACCUUUAAGCUAAUUGUGGCAGACAUAACUUCAAACUCUAUGUUUUAUAUCAACAAAUUAUCUGCAACUGUGCCACAUGUUCGUACAGAACAAGUUGCUUUUGGGGUGCAUAUCCUUUCUUAUUCCGGACUCGAUGGCCACCUUCCCAACGAUUUACGUCUGAAAGACUUUUUCAAUGAGAUGAUUGAUGAAUAUAAAAACGAAGAGCAACCAUCGCUUAGGGAGAUUGCUGAGAGGUUUGUGUAUGAUCCAACCGAAGCUGUGGAAGGAAACAAGCUAACCUCAUUUUUUGUCGACUUUGAAGUAAGAGAACUAAACAGUAAUUGGCUUCCGAUAAAAGAAGGACGCUACAGAACAACGAGUACAACAGCAUUGACCGUGAAACCGACUAAUGAAGUAAAGUUCUAUGAGAGGUAUUUGGAGAAUGGCGAAUGGAGAGACCAUGAAGUAUCUUUCAACAUCGUCUAGUUUUCAACCAACAUUGCUCAGCAUCUAUCUGAAUAUUAUUAUCUCUAGAUUCUCUACUAUCGUUGUCCGUUGAUGAUGUAGUUGUAUUUGUCUCUCUUUCUCCUUACUUUCACCUUCAUUGUUUCGUGUGUUACUUAAUUGCCUUAUGGUAUCUGUGAUCCGUAAAAAAAGCACUGAGACCACAUAUCAUGAGCUAGUUGGAAUCCAUCGCAUAAAAUAAGCCCAUCUUAUAAGCUUAUCUCAUAUCUCCACCUCACACUGCCACGUCAUGACAGACAGCAUCUGAAACCAACCAAUCACAACGCGUCUCUACAGAUAGUAUGGAGGUUGCUUUUUAGAGCCAUGCACUGCGUUAUCUCAUUUUCUCCCUCUCACCACAUAAAACUAAUACACCUCACAAUUUCUCAAUCGACACAAAGAUAUCAAAAUAAAAAAAAAAGUAAAUCUAAGCCUCUAAUCUUCAUCAUGGCUUCAGUAACCUCAGCCACCGUCGCAAUCCCAUCGUUCACCGGUCUCAAAUCAACAAUCUCCAAACCCUCCGCCGUCGUUAGAAUCCCCACCAAGGCGGCAACAUCAUCAUCGAAGCUCACCGUUAAGUCAUCACUUAAGAGAUUCGGAGUCGCGGCCGUAGCGGCUGCAGCUUCCAUCGCUUUGGCUGGAAACGCCAUGGCGAUAGAUGUUCUCUUGGGAUCAGGAGAGGGAGCGUUAGCUUUCGUUCCCAACGAGUUCACAAUAGCGAAAGGGGAGAAGAUUGUGUUCAAGAACAAUGCUGGAUUCCCACACAAUGUUGUGUUCGAUGAGGAUGAGAUCCCAAGUGGUGUUGACGCGAGCAAGAUCUCCAUGGACGAGCAAGAUCUACUCAACGCUGCCGGAGAGACGUACGAGGUUGCCUUGACUGAGCCUGGGACCUACAGCUUCUAUUGUGCGCCGCAUCAGGGUGCUGGUAUGGUCGGUAAAGUCACCGUUAACUAAAUAAAAUGUGAGUGAAGUGAAAGAGUGUCUCUGAACCAAAGUAGAGGCUUUUCUGUCAGUCUUACAUAAAGGUGUUUUUGUAAUUCUAAAGAGUGUUGAAUCGAAUGGACCCCGUGAUUGUUAUAGUAUGACUGGUUGGUUCUAUAAAUGGUUUUUCUUGGUUUAUAAAUUA